AUGCGUCAAAUGCAUCAAAUGCGUCAAAUGCAUCAAAUGCGUCAAGAGGAUGCCACAGUGAGCAAAACGAGCUCUACUUCAGCCAUUCCCAGUAUGGAAAGCAGACUUCUCAGUCUGCCACUCUUCGUUGUCCAGGACAUUCUCGCGCACGUAGUGCGCUCAUAUACCAUUGACCACGACUUGCCAGUCUUGCAGCUCCUGCAACUCCGUGGUACUGAGCGCACCAGAUGUACGCACGAAGCCCCGGCAGACUUUCUCAAGCGGUUACUGCAGUACCAUAUUAAUUACGGACAAAGCAUAUUCGCCAAGCAGAUGCAGUCGGCAGUAGAAGUCUUGAUGGAUGCAUUUGAGACUGUCGGCACGCCUAAAGAGGGGCACGAGGUAUGCGGACUGGUCUGCGAUGCGCUGGCAGAGACGCUGCGCCCCGAGAACUCGUUUUUCCACAAGAGGCCGCAAUAUUUGAACCCGGUGCCGACGGCAUUUGCUAUCGCCUUGAGGGAGAACUUUACUGAUCUCAUUGACGAUAUGUUGAACAGGUUUCCUAUAGUGUCGUGUGGUGGAAAAGGAAGAAAGACGAGGCAAUGUCCGCUAGCAGCUGCAGAAGCAUACGAUAUAUCUCCCAAGCUACCGCUCGAGACGGCCAUGAUGCAUGGACGAAUAGAGCAGGUGAAGAUGUUGUUGAGCCACGGCGCGAGGAUCGGGAAAGACCCAGAAGCAUCGCCAUUCGUUGCUUGUCGAACAGCAGCGAAACAUGGCUAUGAAGAUGUGGUCGAGUCGUAUUUGGAGCUAUUGCCAUGGGACUACAACAAUGUCACGCUCCAUAGCACAGCAAGUCUUGUUUCGACGGCCACCAUCGCGCAUCACUGA